AUGCCGCCCGUCGCGCUGCCCAACGCGCCGCCCACGCGCCGCCCUAGCGCCGCUCGACGAGCAGCCCGUGCAGCCGCCCGUGUGCCCGCCCGUGCACCCGCCCGUGUACCCGCCCGUGCACCUGCCCGUACACCUACCCGUGCGGCCGCCCGUGCACCCGCCCGUGCACCUACCCGUGCGGCCGCCAGUGCAGCCGCCCGUGAGCAGCCUGCGAGCCGCCCCAGCAGCUCCUGCAGCCGCCCCAGUCGCCCCUGCUGUACUGCCGUGUUGCUGUGCCGUUGUGCUACCCAACUCUUCCUGCCCGUCUGCAUUGAGGACCUGCAGCUGUACUUACUGUGCGAUGCGAUCGAUGAGGUUUCUCUCUUUGACUUUGUCUCUGGCGCUGUCCCUGCCCCUCCUGCUGAUGCUGACCCCACUGUUCGCUCCAAGUGGGCCACACGCGAUGCUGCUGCACGUCUUGCUGUGCGUCGCCACCUCCCUUCCUCCGAGCGUACACACUUUAGUCAGUGCAAAACCGCUCAGGCCUUGUACGACGCUGUAGUUGCGCGCUACUCCUCCCCUUGCACUGCUACACUGAGCCGCCUCAUGCUACCGUACCUCUUCCCUGACCUUGCUGCCUUUCCCACAGUCACUGACCUCUUUACCCACCUUCGCGCUAGUGACACUUGCUACCGAGCUGCGCUUCCUGCUGCCUUCCUCUCUGAAAACCCCCCUCCCAUGUACAUCACCCUCUACUUUCUAGUCACCCGUCUCCCUGAGUCCCUUCGUGCUGUUAGGGACCAGUUUCUCUCUGUCUGUCCCACCACCCUCACUGUCGACCUCCUCGAGAAGUCCCUGCUAGCGGCCGAGAAGAGCAUAGUCGCUGUAGGGGCCUCUCGUGGUGACCCGCGCACCCCCGUCUUUGAGGGGUGUUCUCCUUCCCCCCUGUUACCCUCUGUCGCCUCUGCUACUGCGGCCGACCUCGUUGGUUUAGAGUCGGUCGGUGCGGCGUCUGCCCCCAGCGGUAGGCGCCGCUCUGGCACGGGCAAGGGGGGCAAGGGAGCGGGUGGAGCUAGCGGGGGCGGUGGCGGAGGAGGUGGGGGCGGCGGGGGGAGUGGGGGUGGCGGUGGGGGUGGAGCCGGGAGUGGAGGUACUGGUGGCGGCAGUGGAGGCGGAGGUGGCAGCGGAGGUGGGGGCGGAGGUGGCAGUGGGAGCGGCGGGGGCGAGGGUAGCGGUGGCGGCGGGGGCGGAGGUGGCGGUGGUGGAGGUGGUCGGAGUGGCUCGUCCCAGCGGAGUGGCACUAGGGGUGGUCAGCGCCAGCAGCAGCAGCAACAGCGCUCUCGCGACGUCCCCGCCCCUCAUCAGCUCCGUGAGUGGUACUCGCAGCGUCAGCGUGGUGGGGCGUUCGGUCCCUGCACCUACGUCCUUCGCACCGGCGACCGCGCGGCUGUUUUUGAUCUAGACUUUGAUGCUAUCCUUGCUGCCAUGUAUGCUGUGACUGUUAGUGAUGAUGGUGACUGUUACCGGUGUUUCCCGCCCGAUCCGGGCAUUGGUACUGCUGCGUCAGGUGCCAGUGAGGCUGCUGCUCUAGGUGCCAGUGCGUCUGUGCUCUCAGGUACUGGUGAGUCUGCCCUCUCAGGUACUGUGUCGGCUUCUGCCUCUCACACCUUCACCCUUGACUCUGGGGCGUCUCGCUCCUUCUUUCGGGACCGCACCACUCUCACGCCGCUGAGUCGGCCUGUUGCGAUGUCCCUGGCUGACCCUUCUGGGGGUCCUGUCCUGUCUCGUUUCUCCAUAGUCCUCCCGUGUCCGGCGGCUCCCUCUGGCACCCUGACUGGGCUUUACCUCCCCUCGUUCUCUACGAACCUGGUGAGUGGUGCUGACCUACAGGAUGUGGGUGUCCACCAGUUCACUCCUGCUCGUCAGCGGGUGACACACUGCACAGAGGCUUGCACAGGUCGCCACCUGGCUACGUUUACACGUCAGCCAGGGUCGAGCCUGUACACACUAACCACUGCUUCUCCUCCCGGUGCUGAUUCUGGUAGAGUCCCUUUGUCUGGUCAGGUGUUUGCUGCAGCGUCCAGGUCUGGUCCUGAGUCUGCCCCCUGUUCGUGUCGCCGUCUGUCUCACAAGACUCUCCUCUGGCACCACCGCCUUGGCCACCCCUCUCUGCUUCGGCUCCGAGGCAUGGCCUCCCGUCUUCUUGUGUCUGGUCUCCCCCGGUCCCUCCCUCCCCUUCCUCCGGGCCCUGGCCCUGCCUGUGUCCCCUGUGUCGAGGGGCGCCUGCGUGCUGCCCCUCACUCCUCCCAGUUUCCUCCGACAGAGGCUCCGUUGCAGACACUUCACAUGGACGUGUGGGGCCCUGUCCGCGUCCGUGGACUCGGUCACGAGCGCUACUUCCUGUUGCUGGUUGACGACUACUCGCGUUACACCACAGUCUUCCCCUUGCGCAGCAAGGGUGAUGUCACUGAGGUGCUGAUUGACUGGAUCCGCGCAGCUCGUCUCCAGCUCAGGCAGAGCUUUGGCUCGGACUUUCCUGUGUUGCGUCUGCACUCGGACAGAGGCGGAGAGUUCUCCUCUGGCCUUCUGCGUGCCUUCUGUCGUGCGCGAGGCAUCCGCCAGACCUUCACGCUUCCGGACUCACCGCAGCAAAAUGGGAUUGCAGAGCGCCGCAUUGGCAUGGUCAUGGACGUCGCUCGUACGUCUAUGAUGCAUGCGGCUGCCCCCCAUUUUCUGUGGCCGUUUGCGGUCAGGUACGCGGCGCAUCAGAUCAACCUCCACCCCAGGGUCUCUAGGCCUGAGACCUCCCCAGCCCUGCUGUGGACGGGGAAGGUUGGCGAUGCGUCGGCGUUCCGGGUCUGGGGAUCUCGGGCGUUUGUCCGCGACUUGUCUGCGGACAAGCUGUCCCCUCGCGCUGCUCCCUGCGUCUUCAUGGGGUUCCCCCCCGACGCCCCUGGGUGGCAGUUCUACCACCCCACCUCUCGACGUGUUCUGUCCUCCCAGGACGUCACGUUCGAUGAGUCGGUACCCUACUACCGCCUCUUCCCCUACCGCACUCCGUCCCUCCCCCCGCCCCCGCUCUUCUUGGUACCAGGUCCCCCCCCGGUAGACCCCCUCCCCCCUCAGGGUCCUGCCCCUUCAGGUGUGUCCCAGGUAGACGCGGUCGAGCCUGUCAAGGUCACUGGUGCCUCUGGUGCUGCGGCGGGAGCUGAGCCUGGGGGUGCUGAGCCUGGGGGUGCGGAGUCUGGGGGUGCUGAGCCGGGAGGUGCUGAGCCUGGGGGUGCUGAGCCUGGGGGUGCUGAGUCUGGGGGUGCUGAGCCUGGGGGUGCUGAGCCUGGGGGUGCUGAGACUGGGGGUGCUCCGCCUGGAGGUGCUUUGCCUGAGGGUGCUGAGCCUGGAGGUUCUUCGCCUGGUGGUUCUCUGCCUGGAGGUGCUUCGUCUCGCCGAGAGCCACUCUCCCCACAGGAGCUGCGUGAGUGGUUUGCCCGGCGCUGGAGGCGUACUGCUGGUGCUGGAGGUUCUUCAGCUGCAGAAGGUGCUGCUGCCGCGCGUCCCGGAGGUGCUCGUGCUGUGGGUGCUGGAUCUGCUGGGCCUGAGGGUUUUCCUGGAGCUGGUGCUGCUGAGGGUGUUGGUGCUGGAGGUGCAGCUGGAGGUGCUUCUGGAGCAGGUACUCCUGCUCGAGGUACUGGUGCUGUCCCUGCUGUUUCUGGCGUCGCCACGCGGCCCCGACCGUACUUCGUUCCACUCCUGCAGCAGGUUCUUGGUCUUACACCUUCUCCUGGUCCUCCUCCGCCUCCCUUCGAGGGUCCACAGCCUGUCCAGUCCCAGUCACAGCUACAGCCUGCCUCCCCUUUGCCUGCUCCUUCUCCCUACGCUGGUCCGACUGAAGGUCUUACUGAGCGUCGUGAGCCUGCGUCUCGUCCUGCGUCGCCUGUUCGUCCUGCACGCACUAGUGGUCGCGGUUCGCGUCUGCGUCCUCCUCCUGUCCCUGGCAUGCACCAGAUGUCUCUGCGUCCGUCCACUGCUCCUCUGCGUGCCCCUUUGCCUUCUCCUCCUGAGUCCUCUCUUCCUGCUCUUGCCGACCCGGAGUCGGACUCUCUUCGUGCUGCCAGUCCCACUGUCACGCGUCUCCUUCCUACUGCUGUCACUGACCCUUCCUUCGAGUCUUCUGCUUCGUCUGCCCUUGUCACUGAGCUUGUUGACUUUGCUGCGCGCUGUCGUCUGGACUACGCUGCUAGUCUUGUCGCUGAGUCUGAGUCUGCCAGUCCUCCGUCCGUCGGGGGUGAUUGUGCCCUAGGCACGGACGUCCUUGAGGACAGGCAGGAGGAGUUCCAGUGUCUGGCCGCCGCUUCACCUCAUCUCGCGUUUGUACUGCUCGCCCCUGAGGGAGACCCGGAUGCACUAGACAUCCCGACUCCGCGCUCUUACGCGGAGGCGAUAGAGGGUCCCUACUCCUCUCAGUGGCAGGCAGCUAUGGAUGCAGAGAUGGCUUCCUGGAAGUCCACAGGCACCUACGUUGACGCUGUUCCCCCUCCUGGGGCGAACAUUUCUUAA